AUGUUCCCGAAUACGCAUUACGACGACUUUCAAGUGGAGGUAACUGUGCUGGUGGCCAUCUCCAUGUUUGUCGCUUUGGUCUUCAUCUUCUUGGUGAAUUUGUUGAUAGCGCAGCUCAACCAAGCAUACCAUAACAUGUUUGAAGACAUCUACGGCAACGCGCGCCUCACCCGGGCUGCUGUGAUCGUGCAGGUAAUGGCCCAGGUGCCCCGAAAACGCUGGCAGAACUUCCUCCAGAACCUAGCCUUCGAUCAGCCGCUGGAAUUCAACGAAGGUGACGUGGGCAUCGCUGGGGGCAUUCAAAUCCUGGAGCCUGCGAGCGCAAAAAUCGUCACCUCCGACGCUGUGAAGCGUGCCCUGCCGCAGACGGCGCAGUGGCGUCGAGUAGUUUAA